AUGGCAACCGAUGAUCAGCUGAUCCCAACAGAAGAGGAGAUCCUCGCCGAGGGGCGCAGGACUUCCGCUCUGAGGGAGCUAGAGGACUCUUUUGAGUCCUCUAAUCAAGAUAGACUCGGAAAAGAAGCUUUCCGAAGGCUCUUCCAUGACGAGGUCUUCUUGGCGAGGCUCUUCAAGAUCUUCGACCGGGACGGCAGCGGCAGACUGAAACAGGACUUCUGGAUCGAGUCCUUGAAGGAGAGACUCGCGGACGACAAGAUGGACUUCGUGGCUCUCAUUGAAAACGUCACUUACGGGAUAUGCGGCGAGGAAUCGAUCGACCCGAAGAGGUUUCGCAGAAUAUUCCGGGCGAAAGGAGUGGUCGACAAGCUCUUCAGGUUGAUGGACCAGGAUGCAGUAGGCUACGUGAGUUCCGAACAGGUGAUGGAGUCGAUCACCAGGAUCAGCGACCCUCGGCCUCGGCCAGGAUUCGACAGGAAGCACCUGGAGUGGCUCGAAAGGAUCUUCAAGCAAACCGUCGGCAACGACAAGGAGAUCAAACGCGAGGAAUUCACGAAAAUCGUCAUGUCGAAGAAUCCCUUCUUCACGGACAGAGUCUUCCAGAUCUUCGACAAGGACAACUCUGGGACGAUCUCCCUGCAGGAGUUCCUCGACUCGAUGCACCAGUUCGCCGGGAAGACGCCAGAUGACAAGAUCAAGUUCCUCUUCAAGGUCUACGACAUCGAUGGAGACGGUCUUAUCCAGCAUCGAGAGCUCCAACAUGUCAUGAGAGCUUGCAUGGAGGAAAACGGAAUGCGAUUUAGCGAAGAACAAGUCGAAGACCUCACGAUUGCGCUUUUCGAGGACGCCGACCAGGCGAAUCGAGGAGCCAUCACCUUCGAGGCCCUGAAGGACCAGCUGAAGAAGCACGAAGGACUCCUCGAGAACUUGUCAAUUAGCAUAGAUCGGUGGAUGGUUCCCCCGAAACCGAAGGCCUCGAAGAGGUCCAUCCUCGGGGACCUUCCAUCCUUAAGGCCGUACCAGCUGACGAAGCCCUACAUCAAGAACAACUACGUCUACAUAGUCUUCAUCUCCAUCUACAUCCUCAUCAACUUGAGUCUUUUCAUCUCUAGGGCUUAUCAGUAUCGCCACUUCAAUGGCUAUGUCAUGAUUGCAAGAGCUUGCGGUCAGUGCCUCAACUUCGACUGCGCCUUUAUCCUGGUGCUGAUGCUGCGUCAAUGCAUCACAUUUUUGCGUUCCCAUGGAUGUGGAGCGAUUCUUCCCCUGGACCACCAUAUAUACCUCCACAAGGUCACCGGGAUCGUCGUCGUCCUCUUCAGCGUGGUCCACACUUUGAUGCACCUCUUGAACUUUGGGACGGUGGUAAUUUAUGAUGAGAAGAUUAAUGCAGCCAAUUACACGAUGUCGGAGUGGAUGCUGACGAGUCGACCAGGACUCUUCGGUCUGGUCCCAGGAGCCGCAAAUCCCACAGGAAUCGCUCUUAUCAUUAUCCUGGCAGCGAUGACGUUAUGCUCGAUGCCAUUCGUCAGACGUGGAGGCUGCUUCGAGAUCUUCUACUGGUCCCACCUCCUCUACGUCCCGUUCUGGAUCCUGACCAUUUUCCAUGGGCCGAAUUUCUGGAAGUGGUUCAUCGGGCCCGGAAUCAUCUUCCUGGUGGAACGAAUUCGUAGGAUAAUUUGGCUUCGCUCUCAGCGAGGGAAAACGUACAUCAGCUCAGGUUUGCUCCUGCCCUCCAGGGUCACUCACCUGGUCAUCAAGAGGCCGCACCAUUUCGACUUUCGUCCUGGGGAUUAUGUCUUCGUCAACGUCCCCGUCAUCGCCAGGUACGAGUGGCACCCCUUCACCAUCAGCAGCGCCCCUGAACAGGAAGAUUACAUGUGGCUGCACAUCCGAGCUGUCGGCGAAUGGACCAACAGCCUCUACUCAUACUUCGAGAAGGAACAGAUUAAACUUCACCGUGGUGAAGUUUUCCCCCUCGAAGGAUGCAAUCCUUCCAAGGUGGAGGUCCUUCCGACGAAGGAUCGCAAGUGUUCUCCACCAGGAAAGGAGGGCCCAGCACUGCUUCCAGAGGAUCCUCGAGGGGUCGACAAUCCUUGUUUCCUUCCUGUGCCAAAUGACAUCCCCAGUCCUUCGCCUCGGCUUCUAGGACCUCUUGAUAAUCCUGCAAGUCCAAGGACGCCCCUGGAACGACCUAUCCAGGAGAUGACGAGGACUCCUCGGGAUCGCAGACUUCGUCAGCUUCUUCUUAUCCCUGGAAGUAAAAUGCCUCUCGAAAAGUCUUUCUCCAUGCCGGAUAUGCAGACUAAAAACAAGAGGAGGGAACGAUUAAUGGCACUCAGGGACUAUGCGAGAUCGGAGUCAGAAAGGAGCUUCGACGAGUGCCACAUCCGACGAGCAAGGCUGAAGUCCUUGGGCCUCGCUUAUCUGAGUCCUCAGAACAAGUCCUUGGCCCAGAGCUUUCGUUACAUGAGGACAAAGCCGACGAUAAUUGCAUUUAAAACGCCCAGUCUGGAGAACUGCGAGUACGGACCAGCCCCAACGUCUUCAGCUACGCUCGAUUAUGGGAAUAAAGAGGUCCAGGCGAGUCCGACGACGACACUGCAGGCAGCCGAAGAAGGAAGAGUCGGAGUUGAAGAGCCGAAGAGCCGGAAAUGCUCGUCCUCGGAGGAUCAGAGGUUCGUCAUCUGCAAGGUGGACGAAAGUGUCAAUGGAAGGACGAGCUUAAGGGACUCUGGCUCUCCAGGGUCCCAUCCACCAGUUAACUACCCCGUAGGGAAGCCACUGGAGAUUUACCUGGACGGUCCUUAUGGGGCCCCUUCGAGCCACAUUUUCCAGGCUCAGCACGCAGUUCUCAUCGCAACAGGAAUCGGAGUUACUCCUUUCGCUUCGAUUCUACAAUCCAUCAUGCACCGAUAUUGGAAGGCCAGACACACCUGUCCGAAGUGUCAAUUUUCCUGGUCCAGUGAGAUUCCCGCCACGGUGAUGCACCUGAGGAAGGUCGACUUCUUCUGGAUAAACCGGGACCAGCGAUCCUUCGAGUGGUUCGUCAACCUAUUGUCUCAAUUGGAAAUCGAACAGGCAGAAUUGGGGGCAACGAUGGAGCGAUUCUUGGAGAUGCACAUGUACAUCACGAGUGCCUUGCAAAAGCACGACAUGAAGGCGGUGGGAUUGCAGCUUGCGAUGGACCUGCUGCACGAGAAGGAGAAGAGAGACCUCAUCACGGGCUUGAAGACGAGGACCAACGCCGGUCGGCCGAACUGGGACAAGGUCUUCAAGCAGCUCCAGGACCGGAAGAAGGGCAAGGUCACGGUUUUUUACUGCGGUCCUCCACAACUCGCACGGAUCCUACGCUACAAGUGCGACCAGUUCGGCUUCGUCUUCAGGAAAGAGUCCUUCUGAGAGAAACUAAGAAGUGUUACACGUAGAGAUCCUCGAGACUUUCCUGGAGCUGGGCCGAGAAAAUCGUUAUUCUCUUCAGAAAGGAGUCUUCCUGAAGGAAGUCCGCAAAGUGUUGGAGAGUCAUAUUCUUCAGGAAGGAAUCCUUUUUGAAGGGUCCGCAAGGUGCUGGAUCUUCAGGGGCGACUGGAACUGGACAGGGAGAAUACUGCCUGGUCCUACCUGGUCUUCUUCAGGAAGGAGACCUUCUGAAGAGGACUAAGAAGUGUUGCACGUAGAGAUCCUCGAGAUUUUCCUCGAGCUCGGCCGAGAAAAUCAUUUUCUUCAGGAAGGUGUCCUUCCGAAGAAUCUACUUGGUGCUGGAUCUUCAGGGCUUUUCGUCGUCCUCUUCGAGGCCUACUUCGUGCUUUUGACGUACCUCGCCAUCUCGUGCAUCACCCAAAUUGUCAGCAGGACCACGAGGAAUUGCACCUGCCGCUCCGACAUUGCUCUCUUCAGCUUCUGCGCCUUGUUAAAAAGAUACCCUCUUCAUGUUUAAGGGUAACUCCGCUUCCUGGAAGCCCUGAAAUUAUGUAAAUUAUGUGAAUUACCUGAAUGAUGCGAAUUAUUCGAAUGAUGUCAAAGAUGUCAAAGACAUCAUCGAUGUCAACUUACCUCGAGCCUUCUCUUUUGUUUCGCUUGCGGUAACCAGAAAAAUCGUGGCUAUAUCUGUUACGAUAAAUCGUGGCGAUUUUUAAUCCGUUCACUCAAUUCAACUUAUUUUUUUAGGCGACUACACGCGUCGCGAUAAAUCGUGGGGAUUUUUAAUCGGUGGAGUUAAAUCGGGAUUAUCCCCACACGUCAGUUAGAUCUAUAUGGAUCAGUUUGUCGAAAUUCCUCAUAACAUAUUGUUGCAUAUGCAGCCGCAUUAAUCGAGAUUACUCGAUCGAAUUAAAGAAAUCACCCGGAGAGAGAGAAACCAGCUGAAAGGGCGUUCUCAAAAUGGAGAAUAAACCCAAGGAACCGUGAAAGAGAUAAAUAUACAUUUUGUACAACUCGACGAGAUCUCGAGACUCUUUUUUGGUAUACAAAAGUUCUCGAUAUC